UACGGACAUUUAAUGAUGAUGCGGAGUCUAAAAUUAUUUAACAGCUUCAUGCGAAAAGACAGGAAUGCACUGAACUCGUUCCAAUCUUUAAUUACUAAUCGAUGCUACUGUGUGGCAGCUAUAAAUCCCUUAACAUGGGAGCAUGCCAAACCGUUGAAAAACAUACCAACUGUCGGUACUUAUGAAUUCAUAGUUGGGAACUUACCUUGGGGUAAGUUCUACAAGAAAGACUUCGCAGAUAUAGUGCGUUUGUUGCAUGAAGAGAAAGGUGAUAUAUUUUUAUGGAAAGGAAUUUUCGGUCAGAAUGAUUUGGUGUUCACACAGACGCCGGAUGAUUUUGAAAACAUUUUUCGUCAUGAUGGUAUCUGGCCAGAGAGAAAAUUUCUAGAACUGGCGACAUAUCAUAGAAAUGUAUAUAGAAAAGAUUAUUUUGGUGAUGUUACAGGCUUAUUAGCAAGUGAGGGGAAAGCUUGGGGUGAUCUACGUACAUUGAUAAAUCCAAUUUUAGUACAUCCAAAAAAUACAAAAAUCUAUUUGCCUUCGUUGAGUAAAAUUAAUCAGGAGUUUAUUGACAAAGUUCGAAAAAUACGAAAUCCCGAAACUCUAGAAGUACCAGCUGAUUUUGCAGAUGAAAUUAAACGUUGGACUUUAGAGUCAGUUGGCAUGGUUGCAUUAGAUAAAGAACUAGGUUUAAUAAAUGGACAUAAUCCUGAAGCUAUGGCAUUUGUUGACAGUACACAGUUAUUUUUCGAUUUAACGGUAGAGUUAGAGUUUAAACCGUCUCUCUGGCGAUAUUUACCCAAUAAAAAGUUUAACGAAGCGAUGCAAAUUUUGGAUAAUGUCAUAGUAUUUGCAACGAAAUACAUAAAUGAAGCAAUAGAAAGAUUUGAGAAAUCUCCCACCGAUAAACCUGAAAUAGAAAAAAGUGUUUUGGAAAAACUUCUAAAAAUUGAUAAAAAAGUUGCUAUCAUUACAGCUGUGGAAAUGUUUACAGCAGGCGUGGAUACGACUUCAACUGCACUCAUGGGACUUUUAUUAUGUUUGGCAAAAAAUCCAGAAAAACAGGAGAAAUUGCGUCAAGAAAUUCUAUCGGUCCUGCCAGAAAAAAAUUCCGAGUUGACUGUGGAAAAUAUGAAGAAUUUACCUUAUUUACGUGCUUGUAUUAAAGAAAGUUUACGAGUUUACCCUUUGGCAGUUGCAAAUGUGCGUCAAACUGCUGAAGAUUUAGUGCUUAGUGGUUUUCAAAUACCUAAAGGUUCCAAUGUUAAUAUGACGUCAAUAAAUUUGAUAAAAGACUCAAAAUACUUUUCACAACCCAAUGAAUUCAUACCGGAACGUUGGUUAAGAAACGAGAAUAAAGACGAUACCUGCCCACAUAAUUCCGCUACAAAAAGUAAUAAUCCAUUUAUUUAUUUACCAUUUGGUUUUGGACCACGCAGUUGCAUUGGUAGACGUAUAGCUGAAAUGGAACUAGAAAUUGCAAUUGCACGCCUGGUACGAAAUUUUGGAAUAGAGUUCAAUUAUCCUACGGAAAAUGCGUUUAAGUGUUUGCAACUAUACCUUCCCGUUAUUCCAAUGAAAUUCAAAUUUACGGACUUGAAUUAAGAGAUUAAAUUAAUCUAAUGCCUCGUUUUCACUAUGGCAUUUUUAAUGUCAAAUAAUGUCAGUGUAAUGUCAAUGAAAGUGGGUAGUCAUAUGAUGUCAAAUUCGCCUUCUUGUCAUGAAAUAGAAACGCAUUUGACACACCAGUCAAUUAUAAUUAAAAUGACAUAGUGAAAACAA